CAUCUAACAUCUGCGCAUGCGCACUAUACUAACCGCGCAGUUCCUUUCGCUCCAGACGUUUGAAAGCUGUAGCGACGAGCACGUCUGAGAGGCUCUCAGUGUCUGUCCAUCCCAUUCUCACUCAAAUUUACUGUAAAGCAACUUCCAGCAUGGAACUAAAUGAUGCUAACCUACAAAGCCUCACCGAAUUCCUGAGGAAAACACUGGACCCAGACCCCAAUGUCAGACGUCCAGCUGAAAAGUUUCUUGAAUCUGUGGAGGGAAACCAAAACUACCCCUUACUACUUCUAACUCUGCUGGAGAAGUCUCUAGACAACGUGAUUCGUGUCUGUGCUGCUGUUACAUUCAAGAAUUACAUCAAAAGAAACUGGCGCAUCGUUGAAGAUGAGCCAAACAAAGUUUCGGAUGCAGACCGAACAGCGAUUAAAGCAAACAUUGUAAAUUUGAUGCUGAGCAGUCCAGAACAGAUUCAGAAACAGUUGAGCGACGCCAUCAGUAUAAUAGGACGGGAAGACUUCCCUCAAAAAUGGCCGGACCUGCUCACUGAAAUGGUGACCCGCUUUAGAAGUGGCGAUUUCCACAUCAUCAAUGGUGUGCUUCGCACAGCACAUUCUCUCUUCAAGAGGUACCGCCAUGAGUUCAAGUCAAAUGAGCUUUGGUCAGAAAUCAAACUAGUACUGGACACAUUUGCCCUGCCUCUGACAGAGCUAUUCAAGGCGACUAUUGAGCUGUGUCAGACUCACGCUACAGACGUUAAUGCCUUGAAAGUCCUCUUCUCUUCACUCACACUCAUCUCCAAGCUGUUCUACAGUCUUAACUUCCAGGAUCUUCCAGAGUUCUUUGAAGACAACAUGGAAACCUGGAUGACAAAUUUCCAUGGCCUACUGACCUUGGAUAAUAAACUGUUACAGACAAAUGAUGAGGAGGAGGCGGGUCUACUCGAGCUGCUGAAGUCUCAGAUCUGUGACAACGCCGCUCUUUAUGCUCAGAAGUACGAUGAAGAAUUUCAACCGUAUUUGCCGCGCUUCGUCACAGCUAUCUGGAACCUCUUAGUUUCUACCGGGCAGGAAGUUAAAUAUGACUUGCUGGUAAGCAAUGCCAUCCAGUUCUUGGCAUCGGUCUGUGAAAGACCACACUACAAGCAUCUGUUUGAGGAUCAGAAUACACUCACUAGUAUUUGUGAGAAGGUCAUUGUGCCCAACAUGGAGUUCAGAAGUGCUGAUGAGGAGGCCUUUGAAGAUAACUCUGAAGAAUACAUCAGAAGAGACCUCGAAGGAUCUGACAUUGACACUCGUCGUAGGGCGGCCUGUGACUUGGUGAGAGGCCUCUGUAAGUUUUUCGAGGGUCCCGUCACAGCCAUCUUCUCUGGCUAUGUGAGCUCCAUGCUGUCAGACUAUGCCCAGAACCCCGGAGAGAACUGGAAACAUAAAGACGCCGCCAUCUAUUUGGUCACAUCACUGGCAUCUAAAGCACAGACACAGAAGCAUGGGAUCACACAAGCUAACGAGUUGGUCAAUCUGAAUGAAUUCUUUGUGAACCACAUUCUCACCGACUUAAAAUCACCCAAUGUAAAUGAGUUUCCAGUGCUGAAGGCCGAUGCCAUCAAGUAUGUCAUGAUCUUCAGAAGCCAGCUUCCAAAGGAUCAGCUCCUGCAGGCAGUUCCUCUGCUGAUCACUCAUCUGCAGGCAGUGAGCACGGUGGAGCACACUUAUGCUGCCCAUGCUUUGGAGAGGCUAUUCACAAUGAGAGGCCCCAAUAACACCACACUUAUCAGUCCUGCAGAGAUGGCUCCCUUUACUGAACAGCUGCUAAACAACCUGUUUAAUGCGCUGGCUGUACCUGGCUCUGAAGAAAACGAAUACAUCAUGAAAGCCAUCAUGCGCAGCUUCUCCCUGCUGCAGGACGCCAUUGUUCCCUACAUUCCCACUCUGAUUGGUCAGCUCACUCAAAAGCUCCUCUUAGUCAGCAAGAAUCCCAGCAAGCCUCAUUUUAACCACUACUUGUUUGAGUCGCUGUGCCUUUCUGUCCGGAUCACCUGCAAGGCCAACCCCACCACUGUCAGCAGCUUCGAGGAAGCGCUCUUCCCCGUCUUCACCGAGAUCCUUCAGAACGAUGUUCAGGAGUUCCUUCCAUACGUGUUCCAGGUGAUGUCUCUCCUCCUGGAAAUCCACUCCAACUCUAUUCCCUCGACCUACAUGGGCUUAUUCCCUCACCUGCUGCAGCCGGUGCUGUGGGAGCGGACAGGAAACAUCCCCCCUCUAGUGCGCCUGCUUCAGGCCUACCUGGAGAAGGGAGCGGCCACUAUUGCCAGCUCUGCUGCAGAUAAAAUACCUGGUUUGCUUGGAGUUUUCCAAAAACUAAUUGCUUCUAAGGCCAACGACCACCAAGGUUUUUACCUUCUCAACAGCAUCAUUGAGCACAUGCCCACAGACUCGAUCACUCAUUACAGGAAACAGAUCUUCGUUUUGCUCUUCCAGAGGCUACAAAGCUCCAAAACCACAAAGUUCAUCAAAAGUUUCUUGGUGUUUAUCAACUUGUAUUGUGUUAAAUAUGGAGCUAUUGCACUUCAGGAGAUUUUUGACAGCAUCCAGCCAAAAAUGUUUGGUAUGGUGUUGGAGAAAAUAAUAAUUCCAGAGGUUCAGAAGGUUUCUGGACCAGUAGAAAAGAAGAUCUGUGCUGUCGGUAUUACAAAAAUCCUGACUGAAUGUCCUUCCAUGAUGGACACGGAGUACACCAAACUCUGGACCCCUCUGCUUCAGGCUCUCAUUGGUCUGUUUGAGUUGCCAGAAGACGACAGCAUCCCAGACGAUGAGCACUUCAUCGACAUUGAAGACACACCUGGCUAUCAGACAGCAUUCUCACAACUGGCCUUUGCAGGGAAGAAGGAGCACGACCCGAUUGGAGACGCUGUCGGCAAUCCAAAGAUCCUUCUGGCUCAGUCUCUCCACAAGCUUUCUACGGCCUGUCCAGGACGGGUUCCAUCAAUGCUGACCACCAGUCUGAAUGCAGAAGCCCUCCAGUACCUGCAGGGGUAUUUACAAGCAGCCACUGUGCAGCUGGUUUGAAACUGAUUCAACAAUGGUCACAUUUAAAAAGAAAAUAGAAAAAGAGACCUCCAUAUGUCGCAGAAGAAGCCACAGUGACCUCAGGUCACUUGACAGACCCGCUUCAGCUGAACUUAACAGAUGGAUUUACCGGAGGAGUUGUGAUUUGGCCUGAGUUGACGGUGUGAUGUCUAAUGAAAGUUUUUUUUUUUUAAGGGUUUUUAGAGACAUGAAACAAGGCUGACUUAACAUUUGCUGUAUUGCAUUAGAGCCUUUUGUUUGCCGUGUGGCGAGACAAAGAAAGGAUUUGGAUAUCAACGUAUCAUACAAUCAUUUCAUUCAAUAACCGCAGCAGAGCUACAUCUGAGCAGUAUUGUGGAAGAUCUGAAUCACAUGGGAGGGAUUUCUUUAGCGCUUAUUUUGUAUGUUUGAAUUCCUUUUUAUGAUAAUUAAGUCUGUGGUUCAGACAUAAUGCUUAAUCCUUUUUUUCUGUUGCAUGUUUCCUGUAGGUUUGUUCAUGUCUGGUCUUUGUUUCUGCACUGUUUGUCCAUGUGAAUAAAAAGAGGCACUUGUAUA